AUGGACCAUGCUACAUCCCCAUUGCUCAACCGCCGCCAUCAGGCCCAACUAACGACACAGCUGUCUAAUCCGAGUCCAAGCAACGUCGUGAUCAUCCCCGAUCCGGAUCCUCAUCAGAACACUACCGGACUAGCCAUUGUGAAGUUGGAAGACAUACUAAUCUCUGCCAGAGAGUCACUGCUGCAGAAUCGGGAGAUAUCCAUCCCCUUCAGGACUCGGACUUCGGCAAGCCGAUCCGCCAACAAAUCUGCCCCAACUCGGAAGUCCCAGUCAGCCGUCUGCUUCCCGGGCCGGACACUUGAUGAAGCCACCAAAUUCACCCGACUCAUGCGCAUCAUGCAAUUAUCGCUAAGCGCCCUGACGGGGGGCCAGCUGAUCACCAAGAGGAAUAUCUACUAUCAGGACCUCAAUCUAUUCAAGAAGCAAUCCAUCGUUGACAACCUCGUUGAUGACCUUGCCUACACCCUCGGCAUCGGAAGAGAAGAUCUCGGUAUAGUCGCUGCGAGUAAAGGCCUCGUGUCAGGGCCUAUUCUCCUACGUACCAGGACUCAGGUGGAAGUCGACGUGUCAUCUGGCGAGGACGGGAUUCUCAUACCCUCUGCCAGAAACGUAUCCGAGAUUGACUUUGGACCUGCGCAGUGGAUCUUGGUCAUCGAGAAAGAGGUUAGGCUUAGUCUCUCUGUCGGCUACGGACCCUCGCUGACUGGUACAGGCAACCUAUCGGACUCUGGCGUCUGCGAGGGUAAAGGCUACCCCGACCUGACCACCAAACAGUUUGUGCACCUUCUUCACGCGGCCAGGCCUGAGCUUCCAGUCUUCGCUCUGGUAGACUUCGACUACUAUGGUAUUGCCAUCAUGCGCUGCUAUAGCAACGGUACCCGGGGACAUGCACACGAAAAGGCAACGACCGUCCCCAGCAUGCAGUGGCUCGGCAUCAAAAGCGGCCACCUCGCCUUCCAGCAGGAUACGAUUUCUAGCCGUGGACCUGACGCCAGUGUCACCCGAAGGCGGUCUGGCGACAGCACAUUCGAGUCUUCUAGUCCUCUUGCUCUGCGAGAUAGAACACGGGCGAUCAAUAUGAUCAAGGAAACAAACGAGGAUGGCAAUGAAAACGACAUGGAUUGCCGACGAAAACGGUGCGGGGUGCGUAUCUCGAGUUUUAACACUGUACCUCCACACACUUCACCCGAAAAUUUCUACCUCACUUUCAAGACUCAUUUCAGGUCCUCAGACAGCAUUCACAAAAUCUCACCGAAAAUGGCACCCAAACUCUCAGAAGAGGAGAUUGAUGAUCUCAUUUAUUUUUCAAGGGCCGGCGAGCUCGCUGAUCUCGAAAAAACGCUCAAGUCCCUAUCGGAGCGCGAAAGCGCCUCUGUAGGCGAAGUCAUCACCGCUGCCAAGGAUGAGGGCAAGUCGACCUGCCUGCACAUGGCUGCCGGCAAUGGCCAUCUUGACAUCGUCAAGGCCCUCGUCACAGCCUUUGACAGCCGCCCCGCGGACGAGAAGAAGGCCUACGUCGAUGCGGCCAACGAGUUCGGCAACACGGGCCUGCACUGGGCAUGCCUGGGCGGCCACCUCGAGGCCGUGAAGUACCUUGUCAGCCACGGCGCUUCCCCCGCGGUGGCCAACGACAAGGAUCAGAUUCCGCUCGACUCGGCGCUCUUCAACGACAAGCGGGAGGUUGCAGACUGGUUCCUGGCGCAGUCGGAGAAGAUGGAGGGCGGAAACCAGGAGGAAGGGUUGAGCGGUGCUGCGGCGGGGGUUGAGAUUGAGGACGACGGUGCCAACGCGGAGGAGGACAGAGGCAAGGAGAAGGCUGCUGGGGAGGGCAGCAAGAGUUCAUAA